CGUGACUAGAUGGAGUACAGCUACGACCGGAAGGGAAUUUUUGCAUCAGGUUAGGAGAGCAAUUUUGCUAACCCUAAAACCUAAACAUUUUCAUAAUCUUAACCUGUCUCCUAACCUACCACAUGAAUUAUCCUAACGUGCUGUUUAAAUUAUUCUAACCUGCUACAAAAAACUACUUCCGGUCGAAGCUGUAUUCCGCUAGUCAGAGCCCUUGACUCAGAGAGAAGCAAACAAAUGAGGGGAAUAAAAAGUUUUUCGUUUUAUUGUUUUGAUCGAUAAAGACUGACAACAUGGACGACUUCGUCAAAAAUAAAUUUCAGAACAAUGUCAAGAUUUACACUGAUAAUCUGGAGAGAAUCGUUCAGAAGUAUUCAAAGCUGCAUGACGAUGGGACUGAGGUGAACCUGGAGGACAUAACUCCCAAAGAUGUGAGCCGUUGCAUGUUCAAGUCAGAGUUGGAGUUGUUAAAGCUGGAAUUGUCAAAGAGUGAUGCUGGCCUGGCAGAGCUGUCACUAGGAGAUAUUUCUGAAAUACACAGGCCACAUGACACCACUGGAGACUUCAAGAUGGACAUCUCAUACCACCAGGAUGAUGCCAACAAUGAUUGUGUCGAUGAGGGUGCUGUAGACACGAGUGCUGUCACUGCCCCCAGUAAUGAUUCUGUUAUGCAGCAGGCUGCCGAGAACAGCCACUGGGUGGAUAAUUCCAAGGUGAAUGAGACUAGAAGUAACCUGUGGGGGGCGCCAGAGGAGCAGGAUGGGGAGCUGGAGCGCUCUCUGAGCAGUCAACGUAGCACUCUACAGGAGCUGUAUCCCAGCAUGCUCAGUCAGAUAGGAGAGGCCUGGAGGCGCCAACAUAUGUCCGACGCGGCUGUAGGGGUGCUAAGGAGGUACCACAGACUCAGGUGGUCGUCUAACAGAAACCUCAAUAACCGCACCUUCAACAGCACCCUGAGACCAGCUCACAGAAAGCCUGACCUCAACAAUAGCCAUUCCAUCCUCCUAACAUCUCAGAACACCACACUGAAUGUGAGUAACCCCAAGAGUCCAAAGUUUAACCUCAAAAGGACAAACGGCACCUAUCCUCCUUCACAGACCAAGGUCAACCUCCAGAAGUGGCCAGCAGAGAGGCAGUCACCCAGGAAGCGGACAGAUUCAGGAAACAGACAACCAUCUCGCCCUUUUCCACUGAUGGACUUCUCCUCGUGUCCUUCCUCUGCAGGCUCCAGUCCUGCUGCCUCUGCUCCCUCCUCCCCUCCCUCUGCUCCCUCCUCCCCUCCCUCUGCUCUCUCCUCCCCAGCCUCCUCCACUCCCUCUGCAGACUCCUCCCUACAGGAUAGCCCUGAGCUAGAUGAGGCACCCCUAAACCAAACCUUCACGGUGUCUAUGUCCUCUGCCCCACUCACCAGGGUUAGGUAUACUACCCUUGUCUUUAGUCCUGACAGAUCUGAAGGCCCUUCCACAGCAGGAGGGUUGAGCAGCCCAUCUCUGAGGUGUGCCCCCCCCACAGUCCCCAGUCAGAGGAUUUGCACAGCAGUACGCCCUGUGGUCAGUAUGGGCAUGUCUUCAGACACAGAGAGGUCUGCCUACCGCUCCUCAUCAGCACAGAGUCCCUACAGAGCCAGACUGCUGAGCUGGGAAGGCCAGCGUGCAUCUCCUAACACUGGCCAUAGAAGCCUCAAAUCAGGCAUUGCUGGAUAUCAUCAGAGAAACAUGGUGACGGUGGAACCCAGAUCUUCCCCUGCGUUUUCCCCCUCUUUUCAGAGGCCUCUGAUGUCACCCAGGAAGCUCCACCACCUGGACGCCUGCAGUACCUCCCAACUGAAAGUCCACUCAUCUCGAUUCCCCCAUCAGGAGUCUACUGCUAGGGCAGCUCAGCCAAAGCUCCAGCGACACUAUUCCCUGGAUUCAUUCUCCCCAUCCAUCAGUCUAAGGAACUCCACUAAGCAGAUCGAUAAGGACUUCCAGAAGCUCUACCACAAGCUUGUCUGUCAGGGCAAACCGGUCCCCUCCUGUCGCAUGUGUGAGAGGAGAGCAGAGACCACCAGAGGCCCCUCCUCCUCUGCUCUGGCUGCCCUGGCCCUGUCUCCUUACCACUCUGUCAUGAGGAAGCGUCGCAGGGAGCUGGUCCAGGAACAUUCCCCAGAGUCCAAACGCUUCAGAGACAACUCCUGCCUGUACUCACCAGGAUCUCUCCGCCAGAUAGAAAUGAUCAGGUGCCAGAAUCGCUCAGACAGCCAUUUGUCCUCCACCCAUCUAUCCUCCAUCCAGAGGUACAUCUCCUGUGACUCCCACGCCUGGAGCCCCCAUAGGGCCAGCCUGUUUCAGAUCCGCCACAGCCCCCAUCACCAACACCACUCAGACGCAGCAGUCAGGAAAGCUGCAGGCUCCUGGUCUGGCCUGCAUGUUGAUCAGCCCUCUCCUGCUUGUAGAGCGAAAUACAACAGAUUUGUUGGGAUUCAUCAAGGAACGUCACCUGUCAAGGCAGAGUGCCAAUGUGGCUGUUCGCCAAGUUUCUCUCGGAGACGGCUUCUGUAUAAAUGAUGUCAACCCACAGAAAGACCUGCACCUCUACCUUUGGUUGAUAUGCCUGACUUAAAUAUCUGUUGCUGUUUUAUAUCAGCUUUUAAACAGUUCUGAUGUUCCAAUUAUUAAGUCAUGUUACAAUGAACAGUGUUCCCACAAGGUCUUUUUUUAAUUUUUAAAUAGUCAAGUUAUCUAUUUUAUGGAACCUUGGGAUAACAAUAGCUCUUUUUGAAUGGAUAUAUGCAUAAAAUACAUACUAAAUGACUUUAAUAAAAUAAGUGUUUGAAAACC